CAGUAAAUGUGCUGUUGCCACAAAAUAGCCCCAAAAAACCGCAGAGUUGCUCAGGUGUGCGUCAAUUUUAGCGCCGCUCGUGAAUAAUCGCGCCUUGUUGUGAGCCUUCCCCCACCCCCCCUAGCCCUGCCGCACUGGUUCCGUCUGGCUCGCAGUCAGCUGCUGCGUGUCCCGGGAUGACCUGUUGAUGUCCGUUACAAUGGAGACUGGCAGGGGGAGCGAUUUCCCCCAUCACCAAAAUAUUUAAAUAAGCCACAUCUCGAUGCUUUUUUUCUUUUUCUAUCUCGGAUAAAAAAAAAAAUCGACGGCCGCAGCCCGAGCUCCCUCGCCCGCGUUGACUAGCCUUUGGUGGUGUGCGUUGGCGCACCAUGGCCCAGACCCUCCAGAUGGCGAUCCCAAACUUUGGCAACAACGUUUUAGAAUGUCUGAAUGAGCAGCGGCUGCAGGGGCUCUACUGUGACGUCUCAGUGGUGGUAAAGGGGCAUGCCUUUAAGGCCCAUCGUGCUGUGUUGGCUGCGAGCAGUUCUUACUUCCGGGACCUUUUCAGCAACAGCGGAGGCUGCAGUGGCAACGAGGGCAGCCCAGCAGUGGUGGAGCUCCCGCCGGCGGUGCAGCCUCAGAGCUUCCAGCAGAUUUUGGCUUUCUGCUACACGGGUCGUCUGAGCAUGACUGUGGGGGACCAGUUCCUCCUCAUGUAUACUGCUGGAUUCCUGCAGAUCCAACAGAUCAUGGAAAAAGGCACUGAAUUCUUCCUAAAGGUUUCUUCCCCCAGUUGUGACUCACAAGGUCUUAAUGCAGAGGAGGCUCCACCAUCUGAGCCUCAGAGCCCGGUAACACAAACCGGAACCAACGGGGCCCGGCCCGCCGCCUGCUUGACGCCCCUCCCCUUAGUGUCCCGUGUAAAAACGGAGCAACCAGCCAGCCAACCGGAAGCUGCCGCUCAUUCGGUGGUCUGCACUCCCGUCGCCAAGCGGCUGUGGGAGGGCGGCAGCAGCCGCGACGGAGGUGGCGGAGGCUCCGGCGCAGGAGGAGGAGCCAGAAAGGCAGCGCGUUACUCACAAGAGGCGGUACGGGGCAGUGCCAUCCAGAGCCCCGGAGCGCUCGGAUUGGCCAUGGGUAUGGGUGCUACGGCAACGAGCCUGGCCGGCAUGGUGGCAAGCGGCGGGCUUAGUGGCGCCGCUGGCACCAACGGCAGCUCUACGUCCGGCGUCGGCAUGUCGGAGGGUGCCAGCCCCGGCACCCUGAGUACCUACGCCAGUGACUCGCCCAUCAGCUACCACGAUGACGAGGAGGAAGAAGAGGGUGCAGAGGAGUGCGCCGAAGAGCAGUACAGGCAAAUCUGCAACAUGUACACCAUGUACAGCAUGCUCAACAUGGGAGCUGCAGGUAACGCUGCUGGUGAGCGCGUAGAGGCUCUACCCGACCACACAGAGACACGGGGGCGCAUGCGGGGCAGAGACCUCACGUGCCUUCCUGCAGAACUUAUUGCCCAGAUAGGCAACCGCUGUCAUCCAAAACUCUAUGAGGAAGGAGAUCCUGCUGAGAAACUAGAGCUGGUCUCAGGUACGUCUGUGUUCAUUUCCCGAGCCCAGCUGAUGAACUGUCACGUAAGUGCAGGGACCAGACACAAGGUGCUGCUAAGGAGGCUGCUGGCUGCCUUCUUUGACAGGAAUACGCUGGCGAACAGCUGCGGGACAGGCAUCCGCUCAUCCACCAAUGACCCGAGCCGCAAGCCACUGGACAACAGAGUGUUGCAUGCGGUCAAAUUUUAUUGCCAGAACUUUGCCACCAGCUUCAAAGAGAGCGAGAUGAAUGCCAUCGCCGCCGACAUGUGCACCAACGCCCGGCGUGUGGUCCGCAAGAGCUGGAUCCCCAAGCUCAAGCUUCUGAUCGCUGAGAGCGACGCAUACUCCGCCUUCCUCUCCGACGGCGUGAAAGCGGAGGACGACGCCCUGGGCGCCGACCCCACGUUCGACCCUGCCUCUCUAGAAGCCCCAGGCGGCGGCGUGGAGUCGGGUGGCUCCUCAGGUGAAUCUCUAGCGGGUGUGAGCGGGGACGUCGGAGCGUUAUUUUGAGCGCCACGCGCACAGCAGUAUUUCCCAGUUGUGCUUGCUCUCUUCUUGACUGUCCAUACUACACUGCUGCGGCCGCAACACGGACAUCUGCUUUUCUUUUCUCACCGCGUAACGGAGCUUGUAGAGCGUGGCUGGACACCUGGCUGUCCUACCGCACUCUUUGUCCUUUUGAAGGUGUGUAAGCACAUUUUUGUUGCGUAUGAAACACAUUCCCGGUAGUCUUGACGGCGGCAUAGAAGGCGGUGACUAAGUGGUGAAUGUAUUGAAUGUAAGUGUUGGUGGCAUUUUUUAUGAGUUUUCUUCGACUUACGUUCCACAGACUGGGGAGAAAAAAAAAAAGGAACAGCCAGUAAAAUGAAAAAGUGAACACUA